AUGGGAGACCUUCUUUCCACGCCCUCUACAAACCCUAGCGACACCCCGACGCAGCAGGCUACCAUGUCGUCCACUGAAGCUUCAGAAAUCUCAGAAACAAAUCAAACCGAAAAAUUAACCCCCGAAUCCCGAACCCAACAUCAAACACCAGAACUGCAACAGGUCUCAGAUCCACAAAUGGACAAUACAAAGCCCGUAGAAGACCGAGAAUCGAUCAAUUCGGAAGCGGGAGACCAGGAGGCUGAAGGUGAAGAGGAAGAGGAAGGUGAAUGCGGAUUUUGCCUGUUCAUGAAGGCAGGUGGAUGCAGGGAUAGCUUCAUUGCUUGGGAGAACUGCAUCGAAGAAGCUGAGAAGAACAAGGAGGACAUCGUGGAGAAGUGCUUCGAGGUCACCGGAGCUUUGAAGAAGUGUAUGGAGGCACAUUCGGACUACUACGCCCCGAUCCUGCAGGCGGAGAAGGCGGCGGAGGAGGAGGCCGUCAGAGAAUUGGAGAAAGAGAAAGCCAAAGAAUCGUCGUCGAAUGGUUCCGAAGAACGAAAAGGCACGGAGGGAUCAGAACAGGAUCGUCCGGUAGGUUCGAAGAACAGUGAAGGGUCUUGA